AUGAACCUGGGCCUCAGCCUUGGACGAUCUGACCUUGGGUCGGCUGUUGUGUCGAACCGUCUUCCCGUCACUUUGCAUCCGGACCGACAGCCGCCAAAUGACGUCGAGCUGUCCUCCGGUGGCCUUGCCUCGGCUCUGCGAAGCUGCAUCGCCUCGUAUGAGGAGGCCCUCUGGAUCGGCUGGCCCGGCUGCGCGCCGAGCCCCGAGGACCAGAAGCGGCUCACGGAGCGUCUUGGGGAGGCCUCGGCUUCAUGGAAUUGCCGGAUGAUUCCAGUUUGGUUGCCGCAGAGUGACGUGGAUGACUUCUAUACAGGAUUCUCCAACUCCUCGUUGUGGCCUCUCAUGCACUGGAUGACGCCAUACGCACGCUUCAAGCGUGCGUGGUCGGAUGCAUACCGCCGAGUGAACGAGCAGUUUGCAGACGUCAUCCUCACCGUCGCCACGCCGAUGGACCUUGUUUGGAUCCACGAUUAUCACCUCUUCCUCGUCCCGCAGAUGUUGCGCAAGAAGCGCGAUAACAAGCUGGUACAGGCAGAAGCAGAGAAGUCGGGACUCGUCCAGCUCGAGAGACCAGGACACCUGCCCCCGCUGGCCGAGGGCGACGUGCGCCAGGUGAAGCGACCAGAGGGUCUGCCCGACGACGUCGAGGAUUCCGAAGAGCCAGAAGGCCGACAAGGGCUCGCCCACUCCACUAGCGAGACCUUUGAGGAGAGCCGCGAGGAGCCGACAUAUUCAAGCACGCCGAAGGCCGAGCGAAACGCCUUCAAAUCGUGCACGGACCGAGCAACGUUGCUUGGCGAGGACGAGCCGCCAAAAGAAGAUGACGUCUCGGAAAAGUCCAGCAGGGAUGGCUACCCGAAGCCAGCGAUGAAGAAGCUGCCACGGAGCAUCACGCAAGUGGAGAUGGCAAGCAAGCUGCGGAUUGCGUUCUUCCUUCACACGCCUUUCCCAGGCUACGAGGUUCUUUGCGUGCUGCCCCAGUGCGUCGACGUGGUGGAGGGCGUGUUGGGUGCUGACUUGGUCGGCUUCCAUACGUACAACUACCUGCGGCAUUUCCGCUCCUGCGUCAUCCGCCUUUGUGGCUUCACCCCGGACAUCGACCAUGUAGACCAUCGAGGUCAAAGAACACACCUGGGCGUCUUUCCAAUCGGAGCUAAUGUGCACGAUAUUAUGGAUGCCAUGAAGACGGAGACUUUCGCACAGCAUUUGAAGGAGUACACUGAGCAGUUCCAAGGCAAGAGCUUGGUCCUCAACGUGGAGCGCUUGGAUUACUCGAAAGGCCUCCCGCAAAAGCUGGCAGCCAUCCAGAGAUAUCUGGAGGAUGCGAAGAAGACUGCCGAGGAUGAGGAUGCGCAGAGAACCGACCGAACCGAGGAGCUGCAGAGGCGCAUCGAUCGGCUGGACAAGCACAAGGCCAACCGUGGGCUGGCCACCUCCAACUUGCGGCGCAUAGGUGCCAAUGUCGUGAAGAUGCUCAUGGGAGACUUUGAGCGGCCGGCAGCAGAGAUCUUGGAGCUGAGUUGA